CUUUAAUCUCUCUACCUAUAUAUUCUGAAAACCCUUAUUCUCCCCUAUUCUCUAUUCUCUCUCUCAUCUCAGCAGACCCAUAUACCAUUCAAAAUCUAACUCUAAAAAACCAGAGAAGAAAAACCAGAGGCGGCGAUAAUGGCGCUUCAAGGUCAGCAGACUGUGAGUUACCCUAGUUUCAAACUAGUUAUUGUUGGUGAUGGUGGAACUGGAAAAACUACUUUUGUGAAGAGACAUCUUACUGGAGAAUUCGAGAAGAAAUACGAACCCACUAUUGGUGUUGAAGUUCAUCCUUUGGAUUUCCACACUAACUGUGGACCUAUUAGGUUUUACUGUUGGGAUACUGCUGGACAGGAGAAAUUCGGUGGGCUUAGAGAUGGAUAUUAUAUCCAUGGACAGUGUGCUAUAAUUAUGUUUGAUGUUACUGCUCGUUUGACCUACAAGAAUGUCCCUACAUGGCACAGAGAUCUGUGCAGGGUGUGUGAAAAUAUCCCAAUUGUUCUUUGUGGAAACAAGGUUGAUGUCAAGAACAGGCAAGUGAAAGCAAAGCAAGUUACUUUCCACAGGAAGAAGAAUCUGCAGUACUAUGAGAUUUCUGCAAAGAGUAACUACAACUUCGAGAAGCCUUUCUUGUAUCUCGCCAGGAAGCUUGCUGGUGAUGCCAAUCUCCACUUUGUUGAGUCACCUGCACUUGCUCCUCCAGAGGUUUCAAUUGAUAUGGAGGCACAACAGAAGCAUGAACAAGAGUUGGCUGCUGCUGCAAAUCAGCCCCUUCCUGAUGACGAUGAUGAUGCAUUCGACUAAGUGCUUACCUCGUGUUCCCCUUCCCCCCUUGAUGUUGACCCAGUGAUUGCAGGGAUUUGUUGAGAGUUUAGGCGUUUAAGUUAUUCCCAGAUUAUGCUGUUUUUUUCUUUUUCAGCGAAAUGGGGGUUUGUUAUUGUUUAAUGGGUCAGAACAAUAUGAGAACUGCUUCUUCUUUCUUAUCCUUGUUCAAACUAGUAUCUUUUAUAAUGGUAUGGAAUUGUUUGUUUCGUUCA